CCAUCACAUGGCUUUGUCGUGUGCUGGAGAGCAGCAGGCAGCCAGACUGGCGUGCCAAGUCGCCGGAUCGGUUAGGGUAGGGGCUUGGAGAUGGAGAGCCUCGCUGUGAGACACAGGUGCGGGAGGCUGAAGAAGACUGCGUGUUUGAUGCUCUGAUCCGGGUUCCUGGCGAGAGAUGAUGGAGAUGAUGUACAUGUAGCUGCGACUGCCGAGGAUGCGCGUGAGUCUAGACAGACAGACAGAUGAAGGGACCAACACAUCAAAUGCAAAAUGACCGAAGACGAGGCCCGGCCGUGACCACAACGUUGCAACGAAGCACAUACAAGCAUGCGCGAUGCCAAGCACGCACUCCAGUAAUCACAGCGAGGUGCUUCGAGCACACAGCACAAGGGGCCCUGGACGCAAGCGGUCAGUGUUUCCUCGCAUCCAGCAAGCCAGCCCGAUUAGCGGCUGGGCCCUGCCAGUAGCUCGCGGGUUGGUGGUGGUGCAAGCAUCAAUCCGGGCAAUUCGCCAUGCAUCCUCCCCGCUUCGCUCUAGCUCGCGCACCUCCAACUCCCUCUCAUGCCCUCCACCUGGGCCAUUUCGUGCUUGGAUGGCCCCGGCACUGGUCCGGGAUCUUUUGUUUAGUUGCCACAGACCUUGCUGGAACGAGUAUCGCCCUCCGGCUGCUGUUGGUCUUGGCCCGAGUUUGAUAUCUGGAUGUCGACUCGUUUCGCCUCCACACGCCAGAUACGCAGAGAGGGCGAGGAGAAACAAGACCGGGUCAGCACAUGGUAACGGAUACAUGGGUCGAGUUGGGGGGUACAGCACUGCAGCCGUCUGUCUUAUCGAGAAAUCGACUUGCACGGCAUUGUCUCGGAUUGUCUAUAUAAGUCGACGGCGGCGGCCUGACAAGCAACCCUUCUCCCCUUCCUCCUCCUCGUGCUGUGAAGCCCGUCUGUUCUGCCCACUCCAUCUUCCUGGGUUGACAACUUGCGCCAUUCAGAAGCUCGCCAGGCCUUCUCUCAACCUACAUUCACCAUGAGCAACACUGCCGGCCUCGAGGUCGACGUCAUUGCCGAGGCCGAUCGUCACGCGGCUGGCCUUGACGACAAGGAGUUUCACGAAAAGGCGGCUGCCAACAUCGACGUCGACGUCGCUAGCAACGAUGAGGAAGUCUUCGACGAUACCCCUACCGAGGAGGAGAUGCGCACCCUGCGCCGUGUCUCGGGAAAGAUCAAGUGGGCCAUGUACACCAUUGCCUUUGUUGAGCUUUGCGAGCGUUUCUCCUACUAUGGAUCUUCUAUCCUCUACACCAACUUCGUGAACCGACCUCUUCCUCCCGGUUCCACCACCGGUGCUGCCCCCUCUGCCGAUGGUCUUCCCGGUGCCCUGGGAAUGGGCCCCAAGGCUGCCAUGGGUAUCAGCUUGUUCAACCAGUUCUGGGCCUAUAUCAUGCCUCUCCUGGGGUAAGUCA